CAUUAGUCUGAGGGGAGAGCACACACGGGGGAGACAUGAACACCUGCUGGGCCCUAAUUUUGGUCCCCGCACUCCUGGCUCUUGGGAGGUGCAGCCCAAUCCAGCCAGAGGACAAUAUCCAGAUCCAGGAGAACUUUGAUCUCCAGAAGAUUUAUGGCAAAUGGUACGACAUUGCCAUCGGCUCCACCUGCAAAUGGCUGAAGCACCACAAGGAAAAGUUCAACAUGGGGACACUGGAGCUUAGCGAUGGGGAGACCGACGGGGAGGUGCGGAUUGUGAACACAAGGAUGAGGCACGGAACCUGCUCUCAGAUUGUUGGGUCCUAUCAGAAGACAGAGACCCCAGGGAAGUUCGACUAUUUCAACGCACGGUGGGGAACCACGAUCCAAAACUACAUUGUCUUCACUAACUACAAUGAGUAUGUCAUCAUGCAGAUGAGGAAGAAGAAGGGAUCGGAGACCACAACGACCGUCAAGCUGUAUGGGCGGAGCCCAGACUUGCGUCCGACCCUCGUUGAUGAAUUCAGGCAGUUUGCCUUGGCUCAGGGCAUUCCUGAAGACUCCAUCGUGAUGCUACCUAACAAUGGUGAGUGCUCUCCAGGGGAAAUAGAAGUGAGACCACGGAGAACUCAGAGGGCGGUCCUUCCUGAGGAAGAGGAGGGGUCUGGAAUGGAGAACAGCCCCUUUUCCAAAAACAAGGGAGAGUCCUGCAGGCUGGCCCCAGCAUCGGGCCCUUGCUUGGGCAAUCACAACCGCUACUUCUACAACUCCUCCACCAUGGCCUGCGAGACGUUUCAGUAUGGCGGCUGCCUUGGGAACAACAACAACUUCCAUUCUGAGAAAGAGUGUCUGCAAACCUGCAGGACAGAGGCUGCCUGUCGUUUGCCGAUUACCCCCGGCCCAUGCAAGACGGCCAAGACACAUUGGGCCUUUGAUGCGGCGCAAGGAAAGUGCGUGACGUUCUCCUACGGCGGGUGCCAGGGGAAUGGGAACCAGUUCUACACGGAGAAGGAGUGCAAGGAGUACUGCGGGGUACAGAAAGAUGUGAGUGAAGAGUUACUGUAAGGAUCAAGCCGUGACUCCGUCUCUCUUUCCUAUACCCACCCGGGGGUGCCAGUCGCCUCAUCAGCCUCCAAACAAAGGAACCCCAAAAUAUAUGAAAACUGAGGGGCCGCAAUAUAUGAAAAAUGAGGGGUCAUGGUGUGACCAUGGGAUCAAUGGGAUGAUCUUCAGCAUGGGGGGGUGGGCUCAGUAGAAAUCACUUCAAACCUCAAUAAACUGUUAUUCCA